CAAUGAUUGGCCAAUGAUUUCACAAACAGUUUGCAAACAAACACUCAUUUUUGGCAAAAGUCUCGCAUUUUAUCGUUAUUUCACUUUUAAUUAUGUUUUUAUCACUCGUUUCGUGUGAACGCAGACAGCAAUCAAUCCAUUGAACCAAUUGUCAUAUAAUGGCAGAACGGGAUCAGUCAUCGGUGGUCACCACUACCACUGCCGUCGCAGAUGACAGACCUGUCUAUACGAUCGCUGAUCUCGGACUAAGACCUCGACCUCACACUCAACAGACCAUCAUUGGACCCACUCGUGCCGUGACCUCACUGUCCGGAUAUGAAUGGAUGUAUUUGAUUGUAUCGAUGGUAACACUGAUCUUAUUGAUGGGCAUAACCAUCGACCGACUCGUAGCCCUGCCAUCAGCUGAUCCGGACUUCACGUUCGCAUUCCUCCUCUUCUGGACGACUUGUUUUUGCUUCGUUUACGUCAUUCAGGGAGUGUUCAGAGAGCGUGCCUUUGAGUUGAUAGCCUUUGUGGCCACGAUUUUGAUUGUUUGGGUUUAUGUUAUAUUCAACUAUACGGCCAAUCAAUCGCACAGUGCUAUCAAAAUUGCGCGUCUGGCGAUCACAUGUGCGUUCGCACCCAUACUCAUCCUGACGGGCAUUAUGUUUAGUUUGCGAUACUUUCGGUCCAAAAACCUAAUCUUCCGGACGGUUGGCGCCAACGGUGCGAUGCAAAGGAUAUGCGAAAUAUUAUUUUUGGCUCAAAGUCUAUUGAAAUUUGACGUCCAAUUAGCCGGUUCUUCGCUCAUACUAUGGCUCAGGAAAGGGUUCCGACACUGGGAUGAAACCGAUCGCGUCGUUGUCAGCAUCGGAUCUAUUGCUACCAUUACUUGGAUUAGUUUAGGACUAUUGGGGUACUCAAUGGGUGUCGACGACGAAGUACUAGAGUUGUCGGUGUAUUUGUCGGGUAUUAUCGCUCUCAUAGUUCGCAUCACUACCAUAGUUGUCAUGAUUUUCGUAAUGUUUAACUUUGAUAAAGGACUCAAACAUAAAGACAUGCAACUGAAUGGUGAUAAUGAAGUGGCCAAUGAUGGUCGACAGUUCACAUUAGCAGACCUGGGCUUAAGACCUGAACCACUCGUCAAACACACGCCCAUCGGACCCAUCCGGACCUUAUAUUCAUUGACUGGACGCGAAUGGGUGUAUCUCAUGGUAUCUCUGGUGACAGUGGUCUCGCUGGUGGUGAUCAGCAUCGAGCGAUUGGUAGCCCUUCCCAAGUCUUCGCAGGACUUCACGUUUGCAUUGCUGUUGCUGUGGACGGCCUGCUUCUCAUCGGUUUAUGUGAUUCAGGGAGUGGUGAGGGAACGGGUGCUCGACUUGUUUGCAUUUAUGGCCACAAUUGUCAUCCUCUGGCUCUACGUUAUAGUCAACUAUUGUGCCACUCAUUCACCACAAACUCUCAAAAAGGUGCGUUUGGGGAUUACAUGUGUGUUCGCGCCGUUACUUAUAUUGGGAGGCAUUGUAUUGAUGCGAAGGUAUUGGCGAUCGAAAGCUCUUAUCUAUAGGACAGUCGGCGCACAGAUAACGAUGCAA